AAUCAUAGACGUUGUUAAACAGAAAAACUGGUAAGUUAUAUAUACACUGGAAAAAAGCAUGGGAUGCCAAAAGCGUAAAACAUAAGCAAAACUACCCGUACUCUAACUCGCUCUCUGCUCAGCUCGCGAGCAUCGCCAAUGGCGGAGCAACUCAGCAACAGCAGAUCACGUGAUCUCGACAAGCUUCUCCUUCGUCCCGGCAAUCUCGUCGGCCCCACUUUCGAACCUGGAGCUGAUCUGAGGAAUGAUCUUCAAGAGUAUGCUAAAGUGUUGGUUGUUGGAGCGGGUGGAUUGGGUUGUGAGUUGCUCAAGGAUUUGGCCUUUUCGGGGUUCAAGAACCUGGAAGUUAUCGAUAUGGACCGGAUUGAUGUAUCUAAUUUGAACCGACAGUUUCUGUUUAGGUUUGAGGAUGUUGGAAAGCCAAAGGCUGAGGUGGCUGCAAAACGGGUCAUGGAGAGAGUUAGUGGUGUUAAUAUUGUCCCUCAUUUUUGUCGAAUUGAGGAUAAAGAGCUAGAGUUUUAUAGUGAUUUCAGUAUUAUCGCUCUUGGUCUUGAUUCCGUUGAGGCACGAAGCUACAUAAAUUCUGUUGCUUGCAGUUUUCUAGAGUAUGAUGCUGAUGACAACCCAAGGGAAGAUACAUUGAAACCUAUGGUAGAUGGUGGAACUGAAGGAUUUAAGGGUCAUGCAAGGGUUAUUAUGCCAGGGGUCACACCAUGCUUUGAAUGUACCAUUUGGCUUUUCCCGCCACAAGUCAAGUUUCCUUUAUGCACACUUGCAGAAACUCCUCGAACUGCAGCUCAUUGUAUUGAGUACGCCCAUCUGAUUAAGUGGGAUGAGGUUCAUGGUGGUAAAGCUUUUGAUCCAGACGACCCGGAACAUAUGCAGUGGAUCUACUCCGAGGCUGUGAAGAGAGCUGAGCUUUUUGGCAUUCCCGGGGUUACCUAUACUCUUACUCAGGGUGUGGUAAAGAACAUCAUCCCUGCUAUAGCUUCCACAAAUGCAAUCAUAUCAGCUGCAUGUGCUUUGGAAACUUUGAAGAUUGCAUCUGGAUGCAGUAAAACGUUAUCGAAUUACUUGACGUAUAAUGGUGCUGAAGGUCUGCACACUAAAGUUACUGAGUUUGUGAGGGACAAGGAUUGUCUUGUUUGUGGUCCUGGAAUUCUUAUUCAGCUGGAUACUUCAGUCACAUUGAAGAAGUUUAUUGAUCAACUAGAAGAUCACCCGAAGCUGCAUUUGUCCAGAGUUAGUGUUACAUACAGGGGCAAGAAUUUGUACAUGCAGGUCCCUGCAGUACUGGAAGAGAUGACUCGCUCAAACUUGGACAAACCGCUAUAUGAGCUGAUGGAUAAAUGCGGGAAAGACGUUGUCCAUGUCACUGGAGCCGCAGGGAAGAGUGGUGCGAAACAAUCAUGUUUGAGGAAGUUGCGAAUUGUUUUUAAGGGAAUUGAUGGGGUGGUAGAUAUGGAUGUGGCAAAUGGAGCUUAGAAGAUUCUGCUCUUUUGGUAAAGCGGAGUGUGUGUAGAAUUUAGAGUGUCGGGACCAAAUUAAAUAUAUUUAGCAGAAGGCAUGCAAAACCAGCUAUGGUACUUGUCAUAGCCGGAGGUUUUGAAGAUAUCACAAUUGGCUAAAUGGCAAUACUUUCACGAAAUCAAGAACUUGUUUCUCAUUCCUCCAACUCUUGUGGUGAGAAAAAUUUCAAAUUACUUGGAAAGCCUCUUGUUUUAGCUUCUAAUAUUUGAGAAGAGAAGAUAAAGUUGAUCUUACUUUAGAUAUUGAUUAAUUACUUAAAUCAGUUUGAUA